AUGGAGAAGAAGGUGGGCGCGCGGUUUCGCCGCAGCGGCGUGCGCUCGCGCCGCCACUCGCAGUCCAUGAUGCACUGGAGCUGGCUGCACGCGACGGCCUACUCGUCCGCCAUCGUGGCGUCCGUGGCCUACAUGCACACACAGCUGACGCUCUACUUCAAGAGCCUGAACGCGCAGCACGUGAACGACGAGCUGCUCUACAGCCUCGCCACGGUGGCCGCCGUGGGCAGCGAGCAGCUCGACGGGCUGCACAGCGUGCUGUCCGAGCUGGCCUCGCGGCUGCGCUGGCUGCUGGUCAUGCUGUCGCUCGCGGUCUGGAUCGGCACGCUCGUGCUCUCGCGCCGCUACCACCUGCACUCGCCGCUGCGGUGCGCGACCAAGCAGCUCGCCAGCUACUUCGACAAACUGCGCGACUGGAAGCUCAAGCACACGAGGACCAGGCCCGCGUGGCUGCGCGGCGGCAAGCACCACCAGCAUCGUCACCAGCACCACCAUGGCCGACCCACGACCCGCUCCGAGAGCUGGAACGACGCGGACCUCGACAUCGACGAGAACGACCUGUUGAUCGUGUCGUCGUUGUCGCCGGAACCUCGUCUCCUCUCCGGCGUCGGCAGGCAGUCGUCCAGCGCUGGUAGCGACAGCGGCCCAGGCCGCAAUCGCCGCCUGACGGAGGACAAGGGUGAGGGCAAGGUCGUGCGUGCCAGCAGCAAGGGCGAUCUCGGAGGAAAGAUCGUGCUUCACCCGCGAGAGGGCGCGCGCGGCGGACGACACCAAAGCAACCAGAUCAUCUCGGACGACCCGUACGUGAGCCGGUUCCACUUCCAGGUCCAGUACGAUCCUAUGGAGAAGGAGUACUAUCUGCAGGACCUCGGAAGCACUACGGGCACGUUCAUGUUCCUCAAGCCGGACGCGCCCAAGCGGCUGCAUGUGGACGACCGCGUGAAGCUCGGCGACACGGAGUUUGAAGUGUCGGCCAUCGACGAGAACAUCACGACGGGCACGCCCUUCCUGCGCAUCCGCUUCACCGACGGCCCGCUCACGGGCAUCUGCCAAACCAUCGGCAAGACGUCCGUGACGCUGGGGCGCCACUCGACCAACGCGCUGUGCAUCACGGAGGACGACUCGAUCUCGGGCCGACACAGCGUGAUCUCGUACUUCGGCAACGGCUUCUACAUCACGGAUCUCCACAGCACCAACGGCACGGCCAUCCGCCUCAGCGCCAGCGGCAAGAAGAGCCGCAGGCGGUACCUCCUGCACGGAGACGUGUUCGGCGUCGGCUCCAACCGGUUCAUGGUGGAGUACUCGCACCAACUCGCAGCGCAGCGUCGCCUCGCCAAGCUCAUGCGGAAGGCUCAGGACGAGGACGACGCGGCCGCAGAUGCAUAG